UAAAAGUACACAAAUAUAAAACGUAACCUGCAAGGAAUGGUACAAUUAAAUAAGAAACUUUAAAUUCUAUCGAAGUUGUUAUAGAUAAUAUAACAAAAUGAAUUUAAACAAUAAAUUUAUAUUUCCUGACAUGGAUUUCCUACUUGAGGAUCAAUUCAAAGAUGAAAGAAUUGUUAUUGUUUCAAUAAUUGGCAAGUCUAAACUCAAUUCCAACGGUUUCAAACUGAAAAGUCUUGGCAGAAUGUUUACCGAUUCGAAAAAUCGCCAAAAUUAUUGUACAAUUGAAGGCUAUCAUGAUGUAAGCAAUCAAGUAGUGUAUCUGCAUGUACACUCCUUCCUUGAUUCAGACAAUUUCAUCAACAACUAUGAAAAAUUUGCUGCUGAUUGCAAAGAAGAUGAUGGAAAUGUGGACUUUUUAUCAAUUUAUGACAAAAUAAAGAGUGAAAUUGCUAAACAACUCUUUAUAUUGUUCUACAUCAGCCAUUUGGUGAUAGUCUACCAUCCAGGUUGGACUUUUGACACAAACUACAUCCAAUAUUUCAAAGCCAUGGAAGCAAUGGAUCAAAAUCUAAUCGAUGAAAUAUCUGCAGGAUUAAAAGAUGUUGGUAACAUUGGGGAAGAAUGGGUAACUGCAGGGCGAUUUACCACACCUCGGAUUAUCUUCUAUUUUGACAAGUGUCCAAAAAACCUUGAGAAUAUCAAAAAAUUUGAGCACAACUUAGAAGAUAGAAUCUAUCAAGUUCUGAGAAAGAGUAGAAUAAUUGCCAUGAACAAAAGCAUUUCUUUGUUCGUCAUCCCGUUAAACGAAGAAUUCGUUUAUGUUUCCAAUGAGAAACCAGUUGAUAUGCUGGGUGAAGCAGUGCAAGGAUUAAUUCUGGGUUGUCAACCAGGCGGAGUGCUUCAAAUCCAAGCGCCAUUUUGUGACGAGGCAGAAAACCCAAGAAGUUUCCAGAAUUUCUUAAAGAGACACAUCCAACAAGCAAGAAGUACUGGUUUCGAUGAACGUUCCGGUUGUUAUUUUGAAUUACCAACAAUGACUCAGUGGAUAACUGCAUCCAAAAUCAUUUAUGAUAUUGUUAAUAAACAACCUGUUAUUAACGAACUGUGCACGGAAACGAAAUUCUCGGAGCAGAGAUGUUUAAAAGUACUUCCCAUAGCGCUCGCGCGUUAUCAGGAAGGACUACCAGUACGAUACACUUCAGCAGUGCAUGAAACAAGAUUAGGAUUCGCGUUAACAUUGUUUAGUGCACAAGCCAGGGGACCAAUGUUUCAGAAAUACAAUGAGCAAUUAAUAGCUGAUUGUACUACUUAUUGGGAAAAUGGUAGACAACUCUGUGAGUUUUUAUCUUUGAAGGGAAACCCUUGCACUAUGGCGAUUCUACAUUCAGAAGAUCAGGAACAUUCAAGUGGUGUCAAAUACAUUGCUAUUUGUGAUUGUGGUCACAAACAAGGCUCCCGAGACGAUCCCUAUAACACCAAAGAUGGAAAUUAUACAUUCUACCACCUUUUAUCAAAAGAAUGUGGAUGUAUUAAGAAUGAACACAUUACAUUCCCCUCUUUAAAGUCUUUACCAUCUGAUGAUGUCAAGAAAACUAAAAGUUUGAGUCUCAUUGACGAUAAAAAGAAACAAAAGUCUGAUAAAGACGACAUUAAAGACACUGGUAAUCAUCUUCAGGGGAUGUUAACACUUACCUCACCUCCAGGUCUUCUUCCUGAAUACCCAAGUUGGUCUCUGGUUAAUUACGGUACCAGUUCCCUCUACAGUCACAACAUGGGACUGUCUGAAAGCCAUCAACCUGGUUUCUGGCCCAAUACAAACUACCUCCUACCAUGGGAUGUUGUAGUUUAUGUUAAAAUACAACACGGAGCAGGAUCCACGAAUUCUACAAGUUCCUCUUCCAAUUCUGCAACAAAUGCCACUCCUACGACUGUUGCACCUGAAGAAAACCAAACAGAAGGCUGUAAGUCAAAGAAAGACAAACAAAAAUGGGUUCCACAAUUUGCCGUGAAAGUUUUCAUUGGUUUCGAAUAUGAAUGUCCAAGAGGACAUAGAUUUAUGCUCGCAGCGCCUGACAAGAUCCUGAAAGCUGCUCCAGGCUGUAUAGUUAAAGAUAAAGGACAAAAAGUGGCUGAAAGUGAUAUGCCACUGUAUUUCCCAUGUCUAUGUGGACGAGGGAAUAUGAUGGCGCAGUUGAUGAGGCUGCACGUUGUCACACCGAAAGCCGCCGUGCACGUUAAAGUAAAUCCGAGGAUUCAACCUGCUCCUGGCGCACCGAUUUUCGUACCUACUUUAGAUGGACCCACAACUCUGACGCAAGCAGCCUACUGGAUUUUGCGUCUACCUUACAUUUAUUAUUCAGAAAAUACAAAUUAUCUGGAUACGCAGGGUGGGAAAUUGUUGGCUGGAGUAUUCAGCGUGAAAAAGAUCGACUACAAGGAUAAAUAAAUGUUAUGCUUUGCGUAAACCGUACAUCUGGUUGUCUAACAUUGAAUAAAUACGUUCAUAUUGUUUGUUAAAGCAAAA